UUUCUAAACUCACUUUUUAAGCAUUACCCCUCUUCUUUACCGAAACAAAAACAUGGACAUCUCUGCGUCUUUGUCCCUUCCCUUUGUCCUAAACACACUGUGACUUGAAAACCGAGUUCGUUCAUAAUGACUCAGUGACCACCCAUUUUCUCCCACCAUUUAUUAUACCUGUAAGGGAAUCCAAUAGACCAGAACCAAACAACAAUGAGUUCCAUGCCAUAUCCUCUCUUCUUCUUCUUCUUCUUCUUCUUCUUUCUUCUCUUCACAAUCCAAUGUUGUUUCAGUUCAAACACUAGUGAGCUAAGAGCUUUAAUGGAUAUCAAAGCCGCUUUAGACCCUGAUAAUCAAUACUUAACUUCAUGGACCACUAAGGGUGACCCUUGUUCUUUUGAAGGCUUAGCGUGUAACGAACAAGGCCAAGUAGCCAACAUUUCCUUACAAGGCAAAGGAUUGUCCGGAAAAAUCUCACCCGUCAUUGCUGAGCUUAAGCACUUGACCGGUCUUUACUUGCAUUACAACUCUUUAUACGGUGAAGUACCGAGAGAAAUAGCUAACUUGACUCAACUCGCCGAUUUGUAUCUUAAUAUGAAUAAUCUAUCCGGUGAGAUCCCACCGGAGAUUGCUCAGAUGGAUAGCUUGCGAGUGUUGCAGCUGUGUUAUAACCAGUUAACUGGGAGCAUACCAACACAGUUUGGUUCUUUAAAGAAGCUUAAUGUUCUUGCUUUACAAUCAAAUCAACUCACUGGUGCAAUCCCUGCAAGUUUAGGAGAUUUGGGUACUUUAAUAAGGCUUGAUUUGAGCUUUAAUGAUCUCUUCGGUUCAAUCCCAACAAAACUAGCUGAUGCUCCAUUGCUCGAAGUUCUUGAUAUAAGGAACAAUUCACUUUCAGGCAAUGUUCCUCUUGCUCUCAAGAGAUUGAAUGAUGGAUUCCUGUUUCAAAACAAUCUGGGUUUAUGUGGGUCUGGUUUUGCAUCACUUGAACCAUGUAAUACCUCUUAUCAAACUAAUCCAACCAGACCUGAAGCAUAUGGACAAGGGGUAACUGGUAUGUCUAGAGAAAUACCAGAGACAGCAAAUCUAAGGUUGCCUUGUGAACAAUCUCAGUGUUCUAAGCCGUUGAAAUCUCGAAAGGGUCCGAUUCUCGUCGGCCUAGUUGUUGUCACAGUUGCAUUAUCAGCCAUAGGGUUACUCACAUUCAAACAAUACCGUAACCGAAAACCGAAGCUCGGUACCUCAUUCGAAGAGCCUGAAGCCAAGGAGGGGGACAGGAAGAAAGGUUCGCCACUCGUUAGCCUCGAAUACACUAAUGGUUGGGAUCCUUUAGAUGGUAGUAGGAACUUCAAUGGCUUCACACAAGAUGUGUUGCAAAGUUUUAGGUUCAAUUUAGAAGAAAUAGAGACUGCAACACAGUACUUUUCGGAGUCGAAUUUGUUGGGAAAAAGUAACUUUGCUGCUACAUAUAAAGGGUUCCUUAGAGAUGGAUCAGCUGUUGUGAUUAAAAGCAUUAGUAAAACUAGUUGUAAAUCAGAUGAUUCCGAGUUCUUGAAAGGAUUGAAUGUUUUAGCAUCGUUGAAACACGAGAAUGUAGUCCGGUUAAGAGGAUUUUGUUGCUCAAAAGCACGCGGUGGGUGCUUCCUCGUUUAUGAUUUCAUCCCUAACGGAAAUUUGCUACAGUAUCUCGACGUAAAGGAUGGUGACGGCAAGGUCCUAGAUUGGUCUACUAGAGUUUCCAUUGUUAAAGGCAUAGCCAAAGGGAUAGCAUACUUGCAUGAAUACAAAGUAAACAAACCGGCUCUCGUUCACCAAAACAUAUCAGCCGAGAAAGUGCUCGUCGACCACCGGUUUAAACCCCUACUUUCAGAUUCCGGCUUACACAACAUCCUCACCAUUGACAUUGUCUUUGGUUCACUCAAAGCCAGUGCUGCCAUGGGUUAUCUCGCACCCGAAUAUGCCAACACGGGUCGUUUCACCGAGAAGAGUGACGUUUACGCGUUCGGGACACUCGUUCUCCAACUCCUUUCGGGUAAACAAAAGGUGACCAGCUCGGUACGUUUAGGAGCUGAAACUCGUAAGUACCAAGAUUUCAUAGACCCGAACCUUCACGGUCGGUUCUUUGAACACGAAGCGGCUAAACUAGCAAGAAUAGCAUGGCUUUGCGCUCAUGAAUGUCCUAUAGAAAGACCAUCAAUGGAGGAAGUGGUCCAAGAAUUGGGUAACUGCAAUGGCCGUCCUUAAAUGGUGAUGAUGAUGUUGUCACUUAACUACUCACUGAGGCAUGAAUGGGGCAUGCUUUAAAUUUGUGUCCUUUUGCUAAGGACUUAUGCUUUUGUGAAUUUUGUUCAUGUGAAUUCAACCUCGUAAACGCUAUUUUUAUUUUGUUAUCGAAGAAUUUAUUUCUAGGCUUUUUUAAUUCACUCUUUUAAUUUUGUGCUUGAAAGUAAGCUUUAUAUGUUAUACUGAUAUUUUUUAGGGUGUAACCGAGCAGGCCUGAGUCAAACUUGAAAUUUGUAGCUUGAUACUCAGUUCAAGUUCAAUUAAAUAUCUAUGUUUAAGUUUUA